AUGUCUUCGUCCUUACCUCCUGAUCCGUACAAGAUUUUAGGCGUCUCCAAAGAUGCGCAGCUGCCCGAGAUUCGAUCCGCCCAUCGCAAGCUGGUCCUUAAAUGCCAUCCCGACAAGGUCCAGGACCCGACCCUCAAGGCCCAGAAGCAGGAUGAGUUCCAAAACGUCCAGCAGGCCUACGAGCUGCUGAGCGACGAGAAUGAGCGCGCCAAGUACGACGACAACGUCAAGCUGGCCGAGCUCCGCAAGGAGAUGGCCUCCAAGGGCAUCUCCGUCUCUGCCAACACCUCCGCGACUCGCAGCGCUGCCAGGUCCUACGACAUCCGCACCGCCGAGCCCCGACCGGACACCUUCAAGACGUCGUCUUCGCAUCGGCCGCCCGCCGGUGCCAAGAUGUACUCUCAAAGUAACUCUCGCUCGUACGAUGAAGAUCUCUACCGAUCGGCCCCCAUUUUCGAGGAGCCUCGGGCGCGCCGGGCGACCAGCUACGAGAAGACGACCUACCAGAAGUCGAGCCGUUCUGACGAAGAGAGAGAACGCGAACGCGACCGUGAACGCGACCGCGAUCGUAGACGCAGGAAGGAAGAGGAGGAGGCCGCCAUUCGCAGAGAGAGAGAAAGGGCGAUAGCCGAGAAGGAACGCGAGAAGAAGGCGAUUGAAAAGGCAGCCAAGAGGGCCGCCGAAGACAAGGAAUACCGCCGCCGGCAGCGAAAGCUUGAGAAGGAGGCUCAGGAAAAGGCGGAAAAGGAGCGCGACAGGGAACGAAAACAAGCUUCGGUCGAAAAGGCGCGCAGUAGAAAGGCCGCCUACGUCGAGCCGUACGGCGCCGACGAGACGUACGUCGCCAAGGACAAGAAGGCGAGCAAGAAGACCAAGGAGGAGGAAAAGCGAUCCCGCUCCAUUCCUCGAGAACCGACGCGAGAGGAGAUGCCUCCGCCGCCUCCCAUCCCCACCAUCCCCGUCGACCGCAUCAAGAUGAAGACCGACGAGACCAUGAUGUCUGCUGCCGAGUACAUGGACAAAGCUCGCAGAGGAGUCCCCCCGGCUCUGAACCGCGCGCAGACCUUUUCUGGCUUUGAGCCUCCCAUAGCUGCUCCGACGCCUCCCGCCGCGUCGUCGCCGUUCUCGGUUCCCCCGCCUCCCAUUCCCACAAGCGACGAGGAUGUUCGCCGGUCAAAGUCCAGGCGGUCGUCCGACACGAAGCGCGAAAAGUCGAGCCAUAAGAAGUCCCCCGCCAAGGAUUCGCCGUACGUCGUCGACGCCUCGCCCACCGCUCGUCCUAUGCCCCAGUUCGCCUCUACACACUCGUCUCCCAUGGGAGGUUCGCCCCCCAAGAAUCUCGGCAGGGCUAGCACCUUUGACCAGUACUCCCGCCCGCCCCCGGGUAUCGCCAGGGCCCAGACUUACCACUACGGCAUCGAGACCGACUCGCGGGGCCGCAACCGCUCGAGACUGCAGUCGCAGCAGCAGACUUACAGCGAGGAAUCGGAGUCUGAGGAAGAUCCCCGGCCUCGCAGGAGUCGUCACCAUGACGGUGCUCCUCUCGACUAUGGUCGAUCCAAAAAGUACACCGUCAGCAACUCACGGACCGUCCCAGUUGUCGACUCGUACUACCGCGAUGAGUCACCGACCCGCAAGUACUACGAGUCUCGUCCCACCGUCACCCGGGAGUCGAGUGCCUACUCCGGCGCUUACCCCAAGGUUAAGACCACGACUCGUUACGCCCCCGAGGACAUCCAGUACAGCACUAUUCCUCACAGAUAUCGGGAUGGCGAGUACGCCUACUAG